AGAGUGCAUGUCAGGGGUGAACAUUUUACCUCACUUCCGCUCCCACGUCAAUAACAAAGAUGGCGGCGGCGUGUGUACGCGGUGUCUCCCUGCGUGCCAGCAGGCUUUUGUCCACCCAGCUGCACAGGGUUGUCGGGCUCCAGACGAGCAGUACUGGAACGCCCCGGCAGUUAACUAGAAAGCACCUUGGCGGCUGGGCGAAGGUGCCGUGGAGAGGAAGGAGAUGUGUGUGGGCGGGGGCAGCGUUUUCGUUGUUGUUGUUGGCCUCGGAUGAAGACGCUCAAGUGAAAGAAGACGAGAUGAUUCUGCUGCUGAAGAAGGCGAAGCUCAGCAUCUUGCGGGGUCAGCUGGAGGAGGCGUCUACAUUUCUCCAUGCUGCAGUCGCCAUGGCUCACCACUCAAACAAUCACCAGGCUAUAGUGUACGCCUACAGCCAGAUGGCCAACUUGGCUUACAUCCAAGGCCAGAUGGACCACGCUGAGAAACUCUUUAAGGCGGCCAUGAGCUUCAUGCUGGCAGGCGGGAUGCCGCAGGACGACAACGCCUUCAUUGAGAUGUCCCUCAAACUCGCCACCAUGUACGCCGAGCAGAACAAGGCGGAGCUUGCGGAGCAUGGCUUCACUUUCUGUUUGGACACUCUGGAGGUGAAGGUGCAGCAGCUUCAGGAGACGCCAGAAGCUGAUCGGACAGGUGAGACGAGUUUGUUGGUGACGGUAACGAAAAUUGAUGGAAUGUGUGAAGACGAGCAGGAAGUUCUAAGGAAGGACACCCGCCUGCUGCUCGGUCUGUGUUUGGACUCGCGUGCUCGGUACCGAGCAUCCAAGCUGCACCUGAAGCAGGCCGUCGCCGACUACGAGAAGGCUCUGAGCAUCUGCCGCCAGGAGCAGGGGGAGUCCCACCCCCAGACCGUGGUCCUGAUGAGCGACCUAGCCACCAUCUUGGAUAUGCAGGGUCGCCAUGACGAUGCCCUAGCGCUGAUCCGGCAGGCGGUGGAUCUGGGUCGCUCCUCAGAACACUCGGAGCUACAUGUUCUUGUAGGGAACAUGGCCGGCAUCCUGCUGCACACAGGUCAACUGGACGAGGCCGUCCGGUUCUACGGGGAGGCUUUGCGUCUGGCGCAGCAAGCUGGAGAUCAGAAUGCAGUGGGACACAUCAAGGAGGGGCUGAGUCAAGUAAAGAAGAGGAAGGACGAGUGAUGCAGAGCUGGACUCUGAUUGGCUGAGAAGAGUGUGCUUUAAAAUUAAUUUCUGUGUUGAAUAAAUAAAACAGUUUCAA